GGGUAAAACUGUUGAUUAUGUUAUGUUUAGGAUAUGCCAACGUAAACUAAAUUAACGUGAAAGGUAAAUUCAUUCAAUUUAUUUUUAUUUUAUUAAAUUAUCCAAAAAAAAAAAGUAGAAAAAUUUGGUAAAAGGGUUCGAAUGAUUGUUCAAACUCAAUGAACGAAGCAGUUAAAACUGUCGGGGGAUUAACCGUUCGCCACCUGGAGGGACAGAGAUUGCAGAAGAAGGCGGUGCUUAUGUUUAUGGUGAUUCCUUUUUCAAUGGCGGACUUGUCGUAAUACGUCAUCGUUUUGAUCACAUUCUCUCCUCCUCCUCUUUUCCAAGUUUAGGGCUUUUUCUUCUCCUUCUUCUUCAUCCUCAGGAUAUCAAAAAGCAAAAAAGACCACCCAACCUUGUUCUAUCCUCAAAGCCAUCUCUCCUCCUCUCUGUUACCCAAAUCCUCUUUAGAAUCAAUGGAGGGUGUUGACCAAGUAUUUUAGGGAAUCAAUCACCAUGGCAAAUAUAUCACAAAAGAAAUUCCCACUUAAUUCGGAUGAUUACAAGUUGUAUGAAGAAGUUGGCCAAGGUGUGAGUGCAACUGUUUACAGAGCUCUCUGCAUCCCAUUUAAUGAGGUUGUUUCCAUCAAAAUUUUGGACUUGGAGAAGUAUGAUAAUGACUUGGAUGUUAUCCGACGAGAAGUACAAACUAUGAGCUUACUUGGUCAUCCAAAUCUACUUAAGGCACACUGCUCUUUCACAUCUGGCAAGCGCCUUUGGAUUGUGAUGCCUUACAUGGCUGGUGGGUCAUGUCUUCACAUAAUGAAAUCUGAUCAUCCAGAUGGUUUUGAACAGCCUGUUAUUGCUACAUUGUUGCAUGGUGUUCUUAAAGCUCUUGUUCAUCUACAUUCCAAUGGGUUCAUUCAUAGAGAUGUUAAGGCUGGGAACAUAUUGCUUGAUGCAAAUGGUGAAGUUAAGUUAGCAGAUUUUGGUGUUUCAGCAAGCUUGUUUGAUACUGGUGAAAGAAGACAUAAAAGAAAUACAUUCGUUGGAACUCCAUGCUGGAUGGCUCCUGAAGUUAUGCAGCAACUACAUGGAUAUGACUUCAAAGCAGAUAUUUGGUCAUUUGGAAUAACGGCUCUUGAACUAGCUCAUGGUCAUGCUCCAUUUUCCAACUAUCCGCCAAUGAAGGUUUUACUUAUGACCUUACAAAAUGCACCACCUGGUCUUGACUAUGAGAGAGACAAGAAAUUUUCAAAGUCAUUUAAAGAGAUAGUAGCUGCUUGCUUAGUAAAGGAUCCAAAGAAACGUCCCACCGCAGAAAAACUUUUGAAGCAUCGUUUCUUUAAACAUGCACGUUCAGCAGACUAUGUUGUCCGCACCAUUCUUGAUGGCCUUCCUCCUCUUGGUGAUCGUUUUAGGAUACUUAAGGAAAAAGAGGCUAACCUUCUUGGGCAAAAUAAGGCUAUGAUUGGCGACAAAGAGCAAUUAUCACAGCAAGAGUAUAUGAGAGGGAUAAGUGCCUGGAACUUUGAUCUAGAUGAUUUGAAAAAACAAGCUGCUCUUCUCCAAGAUGAUGAUAACAUCAUCAGUACAGAAAAUGUAGAUUGGAAUGAGAAAAAGAAUGGUGGAAGUGGUAAAUUAGCUGUUCAAGAAGAGAAGCAGUUAGUGGAAAGGUUUAAUAAUUCUGAGUCUGCAAAAGCUGCGCCAUCUAAGGAGAGUCUUGAUGAUCCACCAGCUUCAUUUCCUAGUCAAUCCUUUCAGGCCUUUGAAGGUCUAACUAAUAUUGGUGAAGAUGAUGUCGUUGGUAGUAGCUCAACUUGGAAAGAUUCUGGGCGCUCAAAGUUUGAAGAGCCCCUUGAUUCAACACUGUUGGAGGAUGACAAAAUGAUUGGCUAUUUCAAUGGUGAUAAUUUGGUGCGAAGUUUCACUUUAACGAAGGAUAUCAUUUCCGAACAUCCAAUAGUCUUAAAAAGUUCGUGUUCUUUAAAGAAUAUUGCUUCCCCCUCUAGCAAGGCCAUUUCUGAACGUCCAAUAGUCUUGAGAAGCUCGCGUUCUUUAAAGAAUGUUGCUUCCCUCUCCAGCAAGGCCAAUGGCGAGAAGGACAGUCAAGUUCAGAACUCUGGUAGAUACCUUGGUCAGUUGCGACAUCAUUGGAGGAGAGAACACACGCGAAGUGCUUCAGGUGAACUGUCCUACCAACACAAGGAUCAGUUCAAUGUUAGAAUGCAAGACUCCAGCCCUAAGGAUUUUAUGAAUGACUCUACAAACACAUAUUUUGGACCUAAAGUAACUUCAAUAUCUGGAGUCUCAGCAGUUCUUCCCUCCUUAUGGUAUCUCUUGCAGCAAAAUUCCAUGCAACGGGAUCAGAUAAUGAGAUUUAUUAGACAUGUAGAACAAUUCACUGAGUCUAUGCUGCCAGUAGGCAAUGACGUACACGAGCAGGUUCUUAAAGCUCCUCUCAGGGAGAGAAUUCUUGAAUCCCAUGUGAUGCGUAUGGAACAACACGUUGAGAAACUGGUUGAAGAUUUGCAGAUACAAAAGAUGGAAAAUGCAAAGCUGGAAAGGCAAAUUAAUGCUUUGAAUGGGAAGGAAUAGGAGCUGGCAUAUGCUAUCCAUAGAUUGACAAGACCAGAGGUAUAAAGUUUUGUAUUAUAGAAAAGUUUCUGUACUAUAUUUGCAAAUGGCAAUUCGCUUUUUUUGCACGUAAGUUAUAUAGUUGGUCAUAACAUUAACAAGGUGGGCAUAGCCUUUGAUUUCGCUUUGUAGAUGUGAUUGUUUAUAGAUACCUCUUGUAAUUAAGUGGCUAAAAUCGCACUUUAAGUUUUCUAUCAAUCCCUCCUGGGGAACAGCCUAGUGCUAACUGCUAAAGCGAUUGUGUCCUCAUCAAUAAUAUAUGUAUAAUAUUUUAAAAUUCGAAUCUUUAUAUUCCAAUAUUAAAAUAUAUAUAUAUAUAUAUCCAUCUUUUUGUAAAAGCAACAAUGCCCAUAAUUUUUGUUUUUUCCAAAUUAAAUGCAAACAUAUGUACAAGCUAGGAGAGAAAAAGACUUUCUUAUAUGCUUAUUCUAUCAAAAGAACCUUUGGGAAAAAGGAUAAGAAAAGAAAAACAACUGAAAUUUUUUUAUUCAAUUUGAUUUCUUAGAAGUAAAUAUCUUUUAGUGAAAUUGAAACGGAAAUAAACCAAAGUUUAUAUGAGACCAGAGGAAUUAUCUUAAUCAUAACGCAAAGAAACGUCACUUUUCAGGCAUUUAUGCUUCGUUACCUGUUUUCCAAAGAAAGCCCAAACUUGGACAAAUUUCAUUACGUUGAGACUUUCUAAAUAGUCCUGGCAUAGAACUGUAAUUGUAUUGCCUACGUAUGAUGCACGUAGGACGGUAGGAAAAGUCAAAUAGAAGUAGCAUUUAGAGGCAAAUUGUUCACAUUUUUUAUUCACGAAAAUAGAUAUAAGAAUUUUCGCCAAAAGACUUCCUGAAACUAUUACUAACCAAAAAAAAAAAAAAAAAAAUCCUUGCCAGAAGUAGAGGACAAAAAAUCAAAGCAAAUUUCUUGCCAGACAAGUAAAUUUUGAUAGGCGCGUGACAUCAUAAAGUCAGGCUUUAAAAAAAGUAUCAGGCUAUUGAAAUUAAAAUAUUGUGUAGUACCGACUGAAAAAACUAGUACCUUUUGGAAGUAUACUGUUGUGCUGAAUCAACUAAGAAAUUUCAAAGAAGCAACAUUUUUUGUAAUCAAGCAACUGUGUUUAAUUUUUGUAUUUCUUUCAAUAACCCCCUGUUUUUGUUACAGAGCAGCGAAGAUUGUGAAAUUCCAAUUUGAUAUGAAGGAAAGCCCCAUUGGACUAACCUUUCACAUUCUUUGUAAUUUUUUUUUUUUUCCCCAGUAUCACAAGUCCAUCAAGUAUAAAUCUAAAAACUAAAAGCUAAUCUAUAUGAAAGAAUUACCCAAAGGAAAAAAAAAAAAAAAAAAAGAAAAAAAAAAAAAAAGAAA